CGUGUCGCUUAAUGCAACGUUUUUUUAACGAAUUUUUUGCAAGUGACGAAGUUAUAAAUAGAAGUGCCAAUCAAAGGUCGCUUCAGUCAGUGAUCAGCCGUUACGGGGAGAUAUCACGUUUGUUGAGACUUGUCGAUAAGGUUGAUAGUAGAACCGAUUACGUGAUGAUGGACCGUAGGAAGUUUUAUAAAAAAGUAAUAUCCGAAUUCUCUCAGGUACGGGCUAAACGUAAAUUAUCCUUCGAAGACGAAAUAGCAUCAAACCCUACACAGGAACAACAAUCUUCGGAAUUAACUUCAUUAUUGGAUAAUAAUCAACCCUUGACAAGCAUUGAAAAUAUGGGUGAUCAUGUUUCAUCUUCUAGAAUAUUUUAUAAAAAUCAUCAGUCAAUAAGUAAAUUAGAAAUACACAAAAACACCGAUGUCCCACAAAUAGAAUGUUUGCAAAACAAUAAUACCGAUGGCCAUAAUACUGAGACUCCACCAACCUUGGAAGGAAUAGUUGACACUGUUGCAGAGUUUCAACGGACUAUUGAUAGCAAUGUAAUUGAUAGCAAUGUAAUAACGAACACAAUGGAAAAUUUAGUCGCCAAAGAUGCUGCUUUUGAUCCUAUUAAUAUUAAGCAAAAUACAAAACAAUCCAAACGACCCAGACUUAACAAAAAGACAUAUUGUGAAUUUAUCUCCGAUAAUGAAGACCCGUUUUUUACUGAUGGUUCUAGUUCGUGGAGUGAUACAGGUAACACGUCUUCAGAUACAUCUACCCAUAAUAAGAGGCCUAAGAAAAAGAUAGUCAAAAAAACACAGAAGGUAAGUAAGGAGUUAGCCAGUAAAACAGAUGAUAUUGACAUAGUUGGCGAAAAAGGUAAAAGAACAAAACGAAUAAAUUAUAGAAAGAAUAGAAAGGAUCUUAAAAAUAGAGGUCAACAGUAUACCCGAGCAGAUGGAACAAUACGUUCUAAAAGAGAAAUUAAACCUAAUCCUUGUAUCGGGAAAAAAUGCGGCAAUGGUUGCCAGAAUGUAACCGAAGAACGAAGAUUGUCAUUGUUUCAUCAUUUUUGGAGUUUGAGUAGUGCUAGACAACGCGAUUGGAUUGUAAAUAUGAGCCGACGAAAUUCAAUCAAGAGAAAACGUUCAAAAGAUAGUGGGAAACGUUCUUUUUCGUACGAAUAUUACAUUAAUGAUAACGAAGAUAGACGAAGAGUCUGCCAGCAGUUUCUACUUAACACCCUAGAUAUUACACAAACUUAUGUACAUUAUACACUAACAAAUUCCAUUGAGGGAUCUGCAAAAUAUGAUCUAAGAGGUAAAAUUAUACCUGCUAAUAAAACUAAGGAAACUACACGACAAAGCGUUAUAAACUUCAUCAAAAAGUUGCCAGCACUGCCCUCUCACUACUGUCGAAAGGAUACUACUAAACUUUACUUACCAGUAGAAUUUAGGAACCAAAAAAUGUGUACCGUAUUUACAAAGGCGAGAAAACAUCCGAGGGAAUAG